CGCCAGCCCGGGAGCCGCAGAGGGCCGGAGCCUCGGACGCGGGCGCCGCCUCCUGCCAUUGUUCGUCGGGCUGAAGCUGCGGCUGGGGCGGGAGCCCCGGCCGAGAACCGCGGGAACACCAUGACAACAGAGAAGAGCUUAGUGGCUGAAGCUGAGAACUCCCAGCACCAGCAACAGAAGGAAGAAAGUGAGGGAGCCACUAACUCAGGCCAACCAGAAACUCAGCUGGAGGAGGCUUCCCAGGCAGCCACAGUUGAGGGCAGUAAUCAGGGUGAGCAGAAGCUGAAAGCAUCCAAUGGGGACACUCCAACACAUGAAGACUUGACCAAGAACAAGGAACGGACAUCAGAAAGCAGAGGCCUGUCACGACUGCUCUCCUCAUUCCUCAAAAGGCCCAAGUCUCAGGUCUCUGAAGAAGAAGGCAGAGAAGUAGAGUCGGAGAAAGAGAAAGGUGAAGGAGGUCAGAAGGAGCUAGAACUGGGAACCAGUCUUGAUGAAGACAUCAUUUUAAAGGCCCCCAUUGCGGCUCCUGAACCUGAGCUCAAAACAGACCCGUCUUUGGAUCUUCAUUCAUUAAGCAGUAUAGAAACACAGCCAGCUCAGGAAGAACACAGAGAGGACCCGGAUUCUGAAACAAAGGAAGGAGAAGGGAUUGAAGAGUGCUCUGGAACAGAGGUGAAGGGGGACCCUGACUCCAGAGCAGAAGGAGACCCCGAGGCCUCGCAGAAGCCCAUCAGGAGACACAGAAACAUGCACUGCAAGGUGUCCUUGCUGGAUGACACAGUCUACGAGUGUGUUGUAGAGAAACAUGCUAAGGGACAAGAUUUGCUUAAGCGAGUGUGUGAGCACCUCAACCUGUUGGAAGAAGACUACUUUGGCUUAGCUGUGUGGGACAGUGCAACCUCUAAGACAUGGCUGGAUUCUGCCAAAGAAAUAAAAAAGCAGGUUCGAGGUGUUCCUUGGAAUUUCACAUUUAAUGUGAAAUUUUAUCCACCUGACCCAGCACAGUUAACAGAAGACAUAACAAGAUACUAUCUAUGUCUUCAGCUUCGGCAGGACAUUGUUGCUGGACGUCUGCCCUGUUCCUUUGCAACUUUAGCCCUCCUUGGGUCUUAUACCAUCCAGUCUGAGCUGGGAGACUACGACCCAGAACUCCAUGGCGUGGAUUAUGUUAGUGAUUUUAAACUGGCUCCAAAUCAGACCAAGGAACUUGAAGAGAAGGUCAUGGAAUUGCAUAAAUCAUACAGGUCCAUGACUCCAGCUCAGGCUGACUUGGAAUUUCUUGAGAAUGCCAAAAAGUUGUCCAUGUAUGGAGUUGAUCUUCAUAAAGCAAAGGACUUGGAGGGCGUGGACAUCAUCCUAGGAGUCUGCUCUAGUGGCCUUUUGGUUUACAAAGAUAAGUUGAGAAUUAACCGUUUUCCUUGGCCCAAAGUGCUAAAGAUUUCUUACAAACGUAGCAGCUUUUUCAUCAAGAUCCGGCCUGGAGAGCAAGAACAUUAUGAAAGUACCAUUGGCUUCAAGCUUCCCAGUUAUCGAGCAGCUAAGAAAUUAUGGAAGGUCUGCGUGGAACAUCACACGUUUUUCAGACUGACUUCUACAGACACCAUUCCCAAAAGCAAGUUUCUUGCCCUGGGAUCCAAAUUUCGAUACAGUGGCCGGACUCAAGCUCAGACCAGGCAAGCCAGUGCCCUGAUUGACAGGCCUGCUCCACACUUUGAGCGGACAGCAAGCAAACGGGCAUCCAGGAGCCUCGAUGGAGCAGCAGCUGCUGAGUCCACAGACCGAAGUCCUCGGCCCACCUCUGCCCCAGCCAUUGCUCAGGGUCAGGUCACAGAAGGCCCAGGGGCAUCUGUCAAAAAAGCACCAAAGGAAGCUGCGAAGGUUGAAGAGAAGCGGGGAGAAGAACCGCCUACUGAGCUGGCUGAGCCAGAGCCCACAGAAGCGUGGAAGAAAAAGAGAGAGAGACUAGAUGGUGAAAACAUUUAUAUCAGACAUAGCAAUUUAAUGUUGGAGGAUUUAGACAAGAGCCAAGAAGAGAUCAAAAAGCAUCAUGCCAGCAUCAGUGAACUGAAAAAGAACUUUAUGGAAUCAGUACCUGAACCACGGCCCAGCGAGUGGGACAAGCGCUUAUCCACACACUCACCCUUCCGGACUCUUAACAUCAACGGGCAAGUCCCCACUGGAGAUGGAGUGAAGAAAACUUCUGUCCUCCCCUCGGAAAGAAAGAGUGUAAAUGGCAUUCGCACAGAGGAGGUGGCUACCAUGACCUACCCUGCCUCUGAAUGGGAGUGCCCCGAGCAGUCAGUAGUUCCUAGUCAGAGCCUGAUGACCACCCCACCGACGUCUCCGCAGAGCUUUGGUUCUGGCUCCCUCUCCGUAAACAGCAAGGAGGCAGAAGAGAAGGAGCAGGGGUCAGGUGGCUAUCUUGAUGCUGAAGAGAUGCCAACAGGCCCAAGUGGGGAAUGUUUAGGAAUGAAGGAACAGGACAGUGCGUUAAGUUUCCCAGUAACUCCAGCUUCCUGCCAGCUGCAACUCAGUGGGAAAAAGGCAGACAGUAGCGAAGAGCCGGGUGCACCAGCAGAGGCCCUUGAGACCCAGAGCGGAUCUUCUCUUGACUCUCCUGUGGGUAACCAGUUCCCCAUCCUCAUUCGAAGCUUCCAGCCUCCCCUGGUAAAGACUCAAACUGUCACCAUCUCAGAUACUGCCAAUGCUGUGAAAAGUGAAAUCCCAACCAAAGACGUCCCUAUUGUCCACACUGAGACCAAGACCAUCACCUAUGAAGCUGCCCAGACUGAGGACAGCAAUGGGGACUUAGACCCUGGAGUCUUGCUGACAGCUCAGACCAUCACAUCCGAGACCACAAGUAGUACAACCACGACACAGAUUACCAAGACUGUAAAAGGUGGGAUUUCUGAGACCCGGAUCGAGAAGAGAAUUGUGAUCACAGGAGAUGCUGAUAUCGACCAUGAUCAGGUCCUCGUACAAGCCAUCAAGGAGGCCAAGGAACAGCACCCAGACAUGUCAGUGACCAAGGUGGUAGUCCACCAGGAGACCGAGAUCUCUGAGGAGUGAGCUCAGGGACUGUCCUGCCCCGUCCCCACCUGUCCCCAUCCCAGAGAAGCCAGCAUGUGAUAAAGAAGCCAGUCUGCAGCAGACUUCAGACUCUGAAGACUGUUCCACACCACAGAAAACCAACUUCAUUUUCUAUUCAGAAUUUAUACUGAGACUCCUCUAGAUGCCACGGAUGCUCUCUAUAUUGUGAUACAGAAACUGUCAACUUUUAAGACACUUUGAUUUUUUUAUGGGGUGGUUGGUAACCUCUCAACCAGGUCUCUCCUACUCAUUUUCAACGCAGACCCUGAAAGAAUCCACAGACUUCUCCAGGACCCUCCAGAGGCUCUGCCAGCUGUUAAGAGGCCAGAGCCAGCUCAGUGGGACCUCCUACCCCUCCCCAGCUUCCUGUCCCCUGGAUGACACAAAAAUGUCAUACACCAGUGAAUGUCGGGCAGGGCAAACGCCCUGGUUACAGAACCCAGAAACAUGACCUCCCACUCCAGGGUGUCUGAGGCAGAGCCCUCCUCUGAGCAUGUGAUGUCACCCCCAUCUGUUUGGAGCUUAAGUCAAAGAAAUCAGUUGCUUUUCACAGAGCUGAUACUGUGAACAUGUGAGUGCAUCUGUGGCCCUCGCCUCCCCAGCUGCCCUGUCCCUCGUUGGAAAGAGCCGCUUCCUCGUGUAUUCCUGGCUCCAAUCUCAGGAGACCAGAACUCAUGGAAAAAUUAGGCACUUUUGGCUAAAAGUGCCAAUGGAACAUUUUUAGUUGUAGUUUAGGGGAAGAAAAGUUAAUGAGGUUUUAAAAAUCAGGUCUUGUUGUUCGGGGAGGUUGCUUUGCCCAGGGGGAGGCACCUUUACCUCAGCGGAUCCUGUUAAGGCCGCUUCCAGCCUCGGCCUAGGCCCCCUCCCACCUGGCAUGGUAAGGGGCAUGGCUCAGGGAAGAGGGUGCAUUCUCGGACCUUUCUGUGACAGGCCUGAGGACGCCCUCUGGGAGCUGGGGUGUUUCCCAUCUCCUGGUGGCCAUCCCUGGUCAGGGUGGAUGUGAGCCAUUUCUGCUCAUCCCCACUUGCUGCCUGAGAAGUCUGUCAGGUUUUGAGAGCUUGAUUUUGUGGUGGGUUUUGGAUUUAGUUUCCUUUUUCCUUUUUUUAAUGUUAGUUUUGAAAAGGGAGCCUGAUGUCCCCAGUUGGUAGUGAGAAUUUGGGGACCUUCUCCCCCCUGCCCCCCCAACAGGGCCUCUGUAAUCCUCCUGCUAACUUCCUACAAACAUCUGCCUGGAAGAUUAGCAGAAUCCUAAUUCUAGGCUGGAAUGAACUUCAUGAGGCUUGACAGCGGGUCACGGGCAGCAGUGGCCGGGGGCAAGAGCAAAGUAGGAAGCCACAGCAGCCUCUGGCCUCCAGGCUGAACACUGUACAAAUUCAGCAACUUUGAACUGGUUUUGAGUGUGCAGUUUUCUUUUAACUCUCAUGAGACUGUUACCAAUGGCAGCUUGCUUUAAGGAAAGGGAGGAAGGGGAGCCCAGGUGGGAGAGGGCAGGCUUGGGUUCUGUCCUCAGAAGUAAAUUGCAGACUGGGACUGAGCCGGAGAAGGUUGGGCUGCAGAGGAUGGAUUAGCAUGCACUCUUACUACCACCCAGCUUUGAAAAGAAUGAACAGGAGGAGCCUGCCCAGUGGGCACUGUGCCUCAUCAGGCCCUCAGACCUGGGUACCUGAACUCUGCCCCUCUGCUGCUGCCUCUGUCUGGAAAUUGGACCAGAAUUCUGAUGUCCCUCCAGCCUCCUCCCCCUCCUUUGCUAGCUCUGGCCACAGAUCCUGGGAUAUGGUAAUUGUUUGGAUUUUCUUUCUUUCUGCAGUUGUGUGUGUGAAGAACAGGCUCUGUCCAGGUAGAAGGAGUGAGGGAGGAGGGGAGUCCCAUCUCCAGGGUCAGAGACUUGGCAGGACUUUUCCCAAAGUGACUCAGGCACACCACAGUAACAAUCCCAACUGCAGUUUUAUUUUUACUUCAGAAGUAGAUUUCCUUCAAACCACAUGAGAUCUCUGCCACCCACCCACAAAGCAAGCCCUAUAUUCCUAAGCCGAGGCCCCAAGGAGGCUGACUCUGGGGGCCCUUCCCCAGGCCAACAGUGUGUUCUGGGGUCUGGGGGCCCUGACCCAUUUUGAGAAAUGGAGCUGGAGCCACAGCCUGGCCAGCACCCCCAGUGCUCAUGGGAAAUAUCAGCCCCAGGCUGCUUGUUUUUACAAAUCUCUCUCAGAUAUAUUAUUUUCAUGACAAAAAUGAAGGAGCUUUGUAAAUUUUUUAAAAAUUAUGAAUCAUAUCAAGUAGUUGUUUACAUUUGACAAAAUAGGAACUAUGCGGGCAGAGUCCAACCGAAAACCCCUUAGGUGAGAUAGGCAGUAACUGGGCCUGCUGUCUGCUCCUUUUGUAGUGACAGAUGUGGCUGUAGUGUUUAGGUAAGUGUUUGGUCUUGCUUCUUGUAUGGCAUUUUUCAAUAAACUUAAAAAAAAAAAAA